GAGCCAACAAAACAUAACAAAACAGAAAUCGACAACUCCUCAGCUAACUCACCUUUCUCGGUAUCUUCUCCAUUUCUCACCCCCAACUGGACCAACAGUGAGAUUCCGGAGAAGAAUGCCUUCAAGACAGCCUCUUUCUGCAGACCCAAGAACACUCAGAUUGACCGCCAUCUUCAUUGCAAUCACAACCUUAUCAUCUCUGAUCAUCCUGUUUGCAGUUUUCUACUUUGGGUAUUAUUUAUGGUUCUUUUUAGUGCACCGUUCCAGAACCAGCCCAUUUGAUUCCAACGCGCCCCUGGUGAAGCUCCACAGGUUUUCCUACAGAGAGCUGAAGUCAGCCACUCGUGGGUUCAGUGAGUCCAACGCCAUAGGGAAAGGAGGGUCUGGGACUGUGUUCAGAGGAAGCCUGAGAGAUGGGAAGUCGGUGGUUGUGAAGCUCUUGCACUGUGAUUCUCCCCAGAGCGAGAGGGAGUUCCAGAAUGAGCUCCAGGUUCAUGGAGGGAUCAAAUCUCCACUCAUAGUUACUCUGCUCGGGUACUGCGUGGAGAAAAGAAAGAGGCUUGUGGUGUAUGAGUAUAUGCCUAACAGAAGCCUGCAAGAGUCUUUGUUCUCUGAGACUAAUCUGGUGGGCUUGGAUUGGGGGAGGAGGUUUGAUAUCAUUCUAGAUGUUGCAAAGGCGCUGUCUUUUUUGCAUCUUGAGUGUGACCCGCCGGUUGUCCAUGGGGAUGUCAAGCCCAGCAAUGUGUUGCUGGAUUCCGAGUUCAAGCCGAAGCUUUCGGAUUUCGGGUUAUCAAGAUUCAAGGCUGAAGAAGGGUUGGAGGAGUUUGGUGGGGUUGAUGUGUUCAGUCAGGAUAUAGGGAGGAGCCAAGACCUUUCUGGGAAUUUUGGGACACCAGGGACUACUACUGUUGGGACUCUCACUCCUCCUCCUCCUCGGGUGGAGGGGGAGAAGGUAGAAGAUUUUGCAAUGGCCUUACAAGCUUCUUCUUCCUCUUCCAAAAAAAGUGCGAAAAUUUCGCAGAAUGUCAGAGCUCUAGGAUUGGUGAAUUCGAUGAGCUAUAAUGCCAUGUUUGAGGCUGACGAUAGGAUUAGGAAUCCAAAGGGGAAAGAGGUUGAGAGAGGCAGCUGUGAGAAUGGGAACAAUUAUGACGAUGAGCUACUAAGCAGCUGCAGCAUUGAUCAUAGUAAAGAGUUGGAUUUAAGUAUUCCUAUGGGGGGCGAGGAUAAUAUGGCAGGUAAAGCACUAUGGGGUAGAGAUUGGUGGUGGAGACAGGAUGGGAGUGGCGAAUUGUGCAGCAAGGAUUAUGUGAUGGAGUGGAUUGGUAGCCAGAUUUGCCCUUCAGCCAAUUCUGCAGCUUGGGAUAAAGUUAAGAGGAAGUGCAUCAAUGAGAAACCGCCAAGUCCAGAGAACUUGACGUGUUCUAGCAAGAUUGAUGAAGUGAAAGAGAGGAGUAUGCCCGGGAGUUUUCAAAAGGAGUUCGAGAUGGAAAGAUCAAACAAUCCAAGGAAGAUGAAGGAGUGGUGGAAAGAGGAGCACCUUGAAGAACUAUCCAAGAAGAAGAGUGGCAAGGCUAAUAAAAGGCUUAAUAAAUUGAAGUGCAUGAGCAACGUUGUCCCACAUUUUGGUCCGGGAAAAUGCUUUACAUUCAUAAGAAGAAGUAGAGGCAGACGUUUUGUGGCGCAUAAAGAACAUGCAGGCGGUGAUCUGGAGGGAGAGUUCAGUUUCAGGAGAGGAUGGAAGAACAAGACAAAGAAUUCCCAAUCUGUUGGUGGUGGGAGUGAUUUGUGGAGUGGAGAUCCUUUCAGCAGGGAACUACGCAGCAAUACAAGCAUGAGAGGGACAUUGUGUUACGUUGCACCGGAAUACGGUGGCUGUGGGGGUUACCUAAUGGAGAAGGCUGACAUAUAUAGUCUGGGAGUCCUCAUUCUUGUGAUUGUCUCGGGAAGGCGGCCUCUCCACGUUCUCAACUCGCCAAUGGAGCUUGAGAAAGCUAACUUAAUAAGCUGGUGCAGACACUUGGCUCAUUCAGGGAACAUAUUACAACUUGUGGACGAAAGACUAGGAGAUGAGGGGUAUAAUAAGGAUGAGGCAAGCUUGUGUAUCAAUUUGGCCUUAGCCUGCUUGCAGAGAAUGCCAGAAGUUCGACCUGAUAUUGGCGACAUUGUUAAGAUUCUAAGAGGGGAAAUGAGCUUACAAUCUCUCCCUUUCGAGUUUUCGCCAUCUCCACCGUCUAAAUUGCGCAGCAGAUCAAGACGAAGACAGAAGAUGAAUUCUGAAUUGGAUUCCAAAUAACAUUAGUGUAAUCUGGAAAAUUCUCCUCCAUGUCAGGCUUGUUUUUGGUUCCAAAAAAAAGGAAUCUCUGUUAGAGUUUAGAGUGUUUUUUCUUUCUGUACAUAACGCCAUUUUUUAAAUAAACGUGUUCUUGAUAACUCGAGGAGUCAUUGUUUUUACCAGCACUCUUGAUCAAAGAGUUGAAUUCCAC